GGUAUGGUCCAGUCAGGUCGAGUGUGUGUACAUGUAAAUAUAUAAAUACGCUUGUAUGUACAUACAUAUAUACUAGUAUACUCCAAUAUAUCGAACAAUUAAGUCAAUUAAUGUAAAUCAUUAAAAAAGAUGUAUUUCCCAAAACAGCGGUAGUAAUCGUUAAGUGUAAUAAUAAAUUGCAUCAAUUCAAUUGAUUAAAAAUGACAACUGAAAUAGAAACAAGCCUGUUGAUAAUUGUACUGGAUGUGAAUCCAGUACAAAGAAUAGUGAAACAAGAAACAAAAAUAUUAACACAAUGUUUAGACUCCACUAUUGUCUUUGCCAAUGCACAUUUAAUGCAGUCAUCCAAGAAUCAGCUAGCUAUGUUAGCUUGUCAUAGUCAUGGGGGGAAAUUUUUGUAUCCUUGUGAGAAACCUUCUGAGAUUCGGCAAAUUGAUGGACAGUAUGAAAAAUUCACAAUGGUCGAGCGUACAGUUAGACAACAAUUGCAACAAGUUAUCAGCAAAAUUUCUAAGGAUAAGCCAUUAAAUGGGGAAAGCCUGAUAUCCGGGGCACUAACAAUGGCACUCUGUUAUGUUAGAAGAUUAGAAAGAGAAAAGGCUGCUGGUGAAAAAUUAUAUUCAAGAAUUCUUGUUAUCACAGCUAGUAAUGACUCGGUUACUCAAUAUAUGAAUUACAUGAAUAUAUUUUUCACUGCUCAUAGAAUGGGGAUAAUAUUGGAUGUCUGCAGUUUAGACCAAGAAUUGACUUUACUUCAACAAGGCUGUGAUAUAACUGGUGGAAACUAUUUAACAGUUCCUCAAUUGAGCGGAUUAUUGCAAUAUUUAUUAUGGAUAUUUCUACCAGAUCCGAAUGUUAGAUCAAAGCUAGUACUACCUCCUCCCAUGGAAGUAGAUUAUCGUGCAGCAUGUUUUUGUCAUCAGGAGCUAAUAGACAUUGGCUAUGUAUGCUCUAUAUGUUUGUCAAUAUUCUGUAAAUUCAGCCCAAUAUGCACAACUUGUCAGUAA